AUGCGGCUAAAUUAUAUAGGGUUAAUAGCUGUCAUUCUCAACCUGAUUGAUUUAUCGCUAGCUUCACUAGAAGGUUACAUACCAGGAGAAGAUUACCCAGAUUUACAAGAAGUACCGAAGGGGUUAUCAUUCAGAUGCGAUGAUAAAAUACCCGGAUACUACGCCGAUCCCGAAACUAAUUGCCAGGUAUGGCACUGGUGUGUCCCAAGCAACGGACGCAACUUGAUGUAUUCGUUCUUGUGCACUGCUGGUACCGUCUUCAACCAGAAGACUAGGGUCUGUGAUUGGUUCUAUAAUGUGGAUUGUCCGACUUCACAAUCGUACUAUGGAAUUAAUGAAGAUCUAUAUAAAGACGAGGCAGGCAAUUACAUUGCGGGGAAAAAGUAG